AUGUCGGGGAGGAUUGCGCCCCAAUCUUCCGCCCUGGCGCGCGCAAACUUCGGUUUGGACUGCGGUGAGUUAAUCGCGAUCUUACUUGCGACGACCUUUGCUUAUGCCCCUUUCGCUGAUUCCCUUCGUACCCUCCCUCCACUGUCGGCUUCUCUACCUGACCUCCUCGACGUCUACUUGCGAAGCUGCAAGCGCAGGCCUCUGCUCUGGACUACCGUGCGUACACCCCUAUCGGUACGCGAUGCGCUCUACGUGCACGCUGAGCUCCCGGUCCUCAGCCAGCUCAUCCCGAAGCUCUCCUUUGCUGCCACGUCUUUGAAAGGAUUGGUAUCGCUUCAAGAUUCCGACGGCGGCGUUUUCCAGCACAUCCUGUGGCCGCGUCGAUCCUCAUGGGGCGUGUCUAUCACGUCGGCGACGCCUAUUCAGUAA